AGUGCAUCAAUGGAAUGUGAAAACCAAUCUCUUUUGACUGAGUUUAUCCUCUUGGGCAUCCCACCCCCGCAGGGAUUUCAUGUCCCAAUGUUCCUCUUCUUCCUGAUCAUCUAUUUGCUGACCAUCACUGGGAACGUCCUGGUCCUCUUGGCUGUGGCCUCAGAACCUCAGCUGCAUAAACCCAUGUAUUGGUUUCUCUGUCAUUUGUCCGUCUUGGACAUUGCGAUGUCCUCUGUGAUCGUUCCCAAGGUGAUUGCUGGAUUUGUCGAAGGUGGUAGAGCCAUCUCCUUUGGAGGAUGCAAGACCCAACUCUUCUUCUACCAUUUCCUGGGCUCCACAGAGUGCUUCUUGUACACUGUGAUGGCCUAUGACCGCUUCCUGGCCAUCUGCAGGCCUCUCCAUUAUCACGCCACCAUGAACCACAGAGCAUGCCUCUGCCUCUUGUUGGGCACAUGGUUUAGUGGCUGCGUGCAUUCAUUCCUGGAAACAACCCUCACCUUUCGCUUGCCAUAUGGCAUGAAGAAUGAAGUCAACUAUAUCUUCUGUGACAUACCUGCCAUGUUGAAGCUGGCCUGUGCAGACACAAAGUUCAACGAGAUGUUUACCUUUGUAGAUGUUGGUUUAGUAGCCAUGAUCUGCAUCUUCUUGAUACUGAUGUCCUAUGUGUACAUUGUCUCUGCUAUCCUGAGGAUCCGCUCAACCGAAGGGCGUCAUCGGGCAUUCUCCACCUGUGCUGCCCAUAUCAUUGUGGUGAUGACAUGCUAUGUGCCGCUGGCUUUCAAUUACAUGAGACCGGGGGCUCAGGAUCUUCUGAGCAAGGUAGUAGCCAUCUUCUACAGCACACUGACACCAUUCCUAAACCCAGUCAUAUAUACGCUAAGGAACAAGGAGAUGAAAGAGGCUAUGCUUAAACUUAGGGUGAAGAAACUUGUGACUAGCCCAAGGUCACCCAGC